CGCCCGCCUCCCCCUCCCCCACGCCCGCGGCGGCGGCGGCGGCGGCGGCGACUGGAGCCCGGAUGCGGCCCCGGGAGGCAGGCCCGGGAGCGAGGCGCGGAUGGAUCCAACAUGGCGGCGCCGAGCUUGAGCCGAGAUGCAGUGGGGAUUACAGCUGCUAAGCAGGAAUUCUGGAAAUCCCUGCACACCUGAGCCCCCAGCAUGGCGGGCCAAAAGCGACAGGCAAGCCAGGUGUGGCCAGAAGAGCAAGGUGAACAGGAGCAUGGGCUAUAUAGUCUGCAUCGUAUGUUUGACAUCGUGGGCACCCACCUGACACACAGAGAUGUGCGUGUCCUUUCCUUCCUCUUCGUUGAUGUCAUUGAUGACCAUGAACGCGGCCUCAUCCGAAGUGGACGUGACUUCUUACUGGCGCUAGAGCGCCAGGGCCGCUGUGAUGAGAGUAACUUUCGCCAGGUGCUGCAGCUGCUGCGCAUCAUCACUCGUCAUGACCUGCUGCCCUACGUCACCCUCAAGAGGAGGAGGGCUGUAUGCCCUGAUCUUGUAGACAAAUAUUUGGAGGAGACGUCAAUUCGCUAUAUGACCCCCAGAGCCCUCAGUGAUCCAGAACCAAGGCCUCCCCAGCCCCCUAAAACAGUGCCUCCCCACUAUCCUGUGGUGUGCUGCCCUACUUCGGGGCCCCAGGUGUGUAGCAAGCGGCCAGUCCGAGGGAGAGCCACACUUGGGAGCCAGCGAAAACGUCGGAAGUCAGUGACACCAGAUCCCAAGGAAAAGCAGACAUGUGACAUCAGACUGCGAGUUCGGGCUGAAUACUGCCAGCACGAGACUGCUCUGCAGGGCAAUGUCUUCUCUAACAAGCAGGACCCACUUGAGCGCCAGUUUGAGCGCUUUAACCAGGCCAACACCAUCCUCAAAUCCCGGGACCUGGGCUCUAUCAUCUGUGACAUCAAGUUCUCUGAGCUCACCUACCUCGAUGCAUUCUGGCGCGACUACAUCAAUGGUUCAUUACUAGAGGCACUUAAAGGUGUCUUCAUCACAGACUCCCUCAAGCAGGCUGUGGGCCAUGAAGCCAUCAAGCUUCUGGUAAAUGUGGACGAGGAGGACUAUGAGCUGGGCCGACAGAAACUUCUGAGGAACUUGAUGCUGCAAGCAUUGCCCUGACCUUUUCCCUUCUCACCUCUUGGGGGAUUCUUCCCACCACCCACCUCUGGAGCUUACAUACUGUUCUGGGGUUUGUUCUGUACCCUUCCAAUCACAUCCCUCUUCACUUUUUUUUUCUUUUUAAAGGAAAAGACAAAGGAAAGUGGAAGUGGUGUCCCCCACCCCUCCCUGCACCCAUGUGCCUGGGCUUCCCCUUUGUUUCCCUUUUCCACUUAACCCCAAUGUGUGUCUCUACAGCCACCUUACCACUGAGCCGUAAGAGAAAUGUAUAGGGAGAAGCAAAGUCUAUAGAGCAUAGUCUUUGUGAGGGAUUGAAGUGAACACUGUUUUUGGGUGCAUUGAGCAGUUAUCAAUACAGACUUUUAAGAGGGCUUCUAAAAUUUUGUCUGAAAAACCAAAGGGCUGUGAGUAAGGGAGAUAUGUGGAAGGUGGGGCUCUGAAGUGUAUUUUGGAAAUGAAUUACUACCCCUCCCAAAUAAUAGAAUUUUUUUAAAACAAAGCUGUGGACCUUUCCACUCUCUCCUGGCCUCUGGUGCUGCUCCUUUCUUCCAUUCCAUGGCAUGAAAGCUCUGCCUGGUGUGGCUCCUUCCUUUUUUCUCCCUUGUCAGACUUUCUUCAAGGGACUAAUAGGUAAGCGGACUGGGUCAACUCAGUCACUUCUCCAAGCUGUGAUGUGUGUGUUUAUACACACAGGAUGGAUGGAGAAGAAGUUGCUAAUUAAACACACUCCUCCCUGAAAAGGGGAAGAGGGAGUGUGGCAUUUUCCUUCCAUGUUCAAGUGAAAAUAAAUAAUGUACCCGUAGCCCUUCCCCUUUGCUUUCUUUUGACGUGGGCAAAGGGCAUCCUAGAUGGAAGUGAAGUAAUUCUCUCCCUCUCCUUCCCUUUUUCCUUCCCCACUUUCCACCCCUUUUCCCCCUGCUUGGGAGAAUGGGGGUGGGACAUGCACUGAGUGUUGCACUUUUAUUUUGGUAGGGAGGCAUGUUGAAUAAGCCAGGAGGCCUAUAUCUAGAGCCCUCUCAAGCCGGUACAAUACCUACCACCCCUUCCAACUCCCAAAGGAGAUGUCCAAACACAGACUUUAUGAUGAUUACUUUUUUUUUUCCAAAAGCCUUGAUGCGCAGCCCUCAGCGUAACUUCAGUUUUCAUGAAAUAAACAGUGACUAUAAAA